CAUGACGGACAGGAUAUGACGACUUUUCAAAAAAAUAUCCCGUAAUUUAAGAACACGACAGGGUUGACUCAAUGUUGUGAUACUAUUACGAUUUAUUUAAAUAGCAUGUGUGUUCAGGAAUGUGAGAAGCCAUUGGAAGUUUGUGAAUGCUGUGGAAAAAUAUGCUGUGAACAUUUUACCAUAGGUAAUAGAAUGACAAUUUGGUUAGACUGUUAUAUUACGCAUCAGGACUGGUUAAAUGGAGAAUAAUCCUGGAGACAGUAGCUCUGAAUCUGAUGUAUCAGAUCCUUGGUCAAUAAUUUACAAUGAUUCAUGUGAAGUAGAAGACAUACCAGUUUAUAGCAAUGUUAAAGACAGAGAUAGUCUUAGUGGGGAGCCUAGUGAUGGGGAAUCACUUGAAGUUAUUGAUGAAGAAGAAAACCAUGACGAUGAAUUUAGAAAUGUUGACAUGGAGACAGAUGGCAUUUCUGUCAUAACUGAAAGUGAAGGUGAUGAAUUGGAUCAGCCUCUGCCUUUGGCUGUGUCCAAGGAAAAGAAGUAUCUGCACCACCCAAAUACAUACCUAAACACUCGCCUCAAUGUUCUGUUAGCGGUUUCAUUUGCAGCUGUAACUGGUCUUGGUUUGGGACACUUUCUAGGGUUGCAAGAGGAAUGCCCCUUGCUGAAUGAAUCAACUACCAUGCUACUCACAAAAUUACAGUGUGAUAACCAGUUGCUUCGGUAUAACAUUGAAAAGCUUCUAAGUGAGAAAGAUGCUUCAUCUCAGUCAUUCAAAGAUAUUCAGUCUUGGGAAUGUGCAGCAGGUAAAGAGUUUAGAGAUGAAGGUAUGUUACAUUUGCUCCCAUCUUUCCAAACAGGCAAUCUUAAACAGCCCUUAAACCCAGAAAUGAUUAGUCUCCAUGGGAAUACAAUAAGCACUCAGCAACACACAUCAGAAAAUGGAAAUCAGUAUGAGGAUGAAGUCAAGAAUAUUUCAGAGCAAUAUUCUCAGGGAAACAUGAGAAGAGUUCCAUUUGAUGAAAGUUCAGAAAACAAAACACCAAUAAAAUAUGAAGAUGAAAAUGUAAAACUACCAUCUGGUAUGAAAGCAGGAAGUGUUCCUUUUGACUCUAGUUCAGGAUAUGUUACAGUAGCAGAUCAUGAAGAUGAAUUUGGUACAGAGAAUGUACCAGACAUAGAAAUAUCUGGGAACAGUGUUCCUGAUUUUAUUGAUCAUGUGGAUGAUGUGAGAUUUGUACAAUUUAGAGAUCAUAAUGGUGUUGCCAAGACUUCUGUUGAAUUAAAUGAUGUGAGAAAUGUUGCAGAAUCUUCCGUUCUUUUCAGUGAACAUGAAGCUGUUGAAAAUUUCCUAUUUGCAAUCAAGGACAAAGAGAUUUUUGCAGAAUCUUCUGUUAAGGAUGAAGAAGUCACACAGCCUGCUAUUCAGGUAAAGGAUAAAGGGUUUGCAUUUCCUGUACAGGACAAAGAUGCUUUCUUGGAUCAUACAGUGAGUACACAUUUUUCUGGAGGAGAUGGUACUCCAAAGGUAAACAGAAAUGUGAAUAAUCUCCAGCCAGAAAUGAUACAAGACACAUAUGACUUGGAAGAAUAUAAUAUAAAGGUAAUUAAGUCAACUCUUAAACUUCUGCAGAGACAAUUUGAGGAAGAUACAGUGUCACCUGGCACUGGCAGUAUCUUGUCCUCCUCCGUUGCUUUGGUUACAAAACUUGAACAGAGUUUGGUUCUUCUUCAGAAUGCCAUUACUCAGUGCAGAGUACAAAAGAGUGAGUUCUGCGCACAGUUCCAAAAGAGGAUGGAAGUGUCAGUCAGUAAGCUGAAAAAGACAGCGGAGGGACUUGUGGAUGAUAUAGAUGAGCAGAUGUACAAACUGUUAACCAAAAUUGUACGGAAGUUGAAAAAGUGUAAAGGAAACUUGCAGGACAAGUGGUGCCAUUUGAGAAAGAAAUAUGAUUGUGAGAAUGAUGCAAUAUGUAAUUGGCUACAUAGAUCAGUAUUUUUAGACUGUGAGAAAAGUGACAGGCAAACCAAAAGGAAGUUAGACCAGUUUUCUUCAAAAGGACCUCAUAAAUUAAAUGAAAAGGUUGUAAGAAGUACCUCAGAUAAUAAUGAGAAAGGAUCAGAUAUACCCAAUAAUGUUUUAAAAAUUCAUGUUGUGAAGGACAAACAUGAUAUUUUUAAAAGUGUUGAUUCUGAUGCAGAUCAGAAGAAUAGCAUUCAUUAUACAAUGACACAGGCUGAGUAUCGACCAGACAGUCAGGUACUACAGUCCAGUAUCAGUGAAGACUGUAUGUCUGACAAAGUUAUUAUAAACCAUGACAGUUUAAAUAAACAGCAUUUAGAGGCGAACAUACCAUUGACUGUUUCUAAAGCAUUUGAGAAGUCUGGUGGGCAAGAGCAAUACAUGUCAGAAUUAUAUAAAGAAUGGAAACAUGACAACCAAGGUACAUUCAAGUCUCACUUCAAUGAAAAAGAGAAAAAGAAGUAUGAAAAUAAGCACAAAAAUGUACCUCAGUCUAAAACAUGCUGGCAGACUUAUAAUGGAAAGAACUUUUGUCAAAAAUUUGUAAAUAAUCAGCAGUUAUUACAUUCAAAAAAAUUUAAAGAUAAAUAUAUUGAAUGUGGUCAUGAAAAUAAUCAGUGGUGUGAGAAAAGAAAUUGGAAUAGUCAGAUUAAUGAUAAAGACAAGAAAUAUUACAACAAACGAGAAACAAAACAUAGUUUGCAUGAUGAAAUCAAAUAUAGACCGUCUGUAAUCUUAGAAGGUGUUAUGUCUUGGGCUUUGGUUGAUACCAACACCCCUAAACAAAAUGUGUCAGGUGACUGGAUGUUUAAAAUGGCAAAUGGUCGUGCUGAGCAACGUAGGUUGGAACACAGAAGUGACUGGCUGUUUGAUCGAGCUGAUGCACGUAAAUUGAGAAGGGAAAGGCACCGUGUGACAGACAAUUGGUAUUUUCAAAGAGCACGUGGUCGUGAGUACUGUCGCUACUAUCCAUUUUUUUGACUGGUGCAAAACUGUAAUUAAUUAAUACAAUGAAAAUGACAGAUUGUCAGGGUAUUGUGAAAGUCCUUUUAAUACUGAACUGCUAAUGCAAGAAUUGAAAAGUGCAGCACUGUAUGUAACCUGUGUGGUUUUAAACCUUUAUAACAUGUUAACAAUAACAUGUCUUCAGUGUUUGUUUUUUUAACUGUAGAUAGUAUAGUUUAUAUGCAGAGAUCUUCAUAGUUUCUAAUUAUGUUUGCAUAUUUAUUUUGGAACAUUUAUAGUGUGAAACUUUUAUUGUACAUGACUUUGAUAUUCUUUAACCUCUUCAUUGAAUCUGUACUAAUUGGUUCUGAUGAUGGUAUAUUAGAAUUGAUGUUACUGGAUUUCUGUAUUUUGUCCAUUAUCUGGUAUUAAAUGGACACAGGAAUUCAGAAAA